AUGGAGCCCUUUGGAAGGGAGACGUUCGGGAGGACCAUACUUAUGGGGGUCCUGAAGCUGGAGGUAAAGGACGUGUUGUGCCUCCAGGCGAAUCCCCUGGAAGGGGCAUAUGAUGUCGUGCUACACACGGAGGGGAAGCAUGACAAGGUCAUGGGAAGGGUGAAGGUGGUCGAGAAGGCUAGACCCAUGUGCCACUAUGAAGUGGCGAGCCUGGCAAGGAACAGUUUCAGAGUGGUGACGGUUAACAUGUUUAACCCGCAUGUGAAGGAAGAGGAGGUGAGGGCCUUUCUGGGGAGGUACAUGGACAAUGUCUCCUCAGCAAGGCUCCUCAAGGACACGCUCGGGUUCUGGAACGGGAGGAGGAGUUUCCAGGCCUUAUUGAAGGAAGACCCAGGGGGCCUGGGGGGGUACCUUCAUCCUCCAGCACUGUUUUCCCUGGGGGCUGAUAGGGGGACAUUAUUUUAUGCCCGUCAGCCUCCGUUCUGCAGACGCUGCAUGACAUAUGGACAUAAUUUCGCCUCAUGUGGAGGGAGGAAGUGCAGGGUGUGUGGGUCAGGGGCGCACAAGGCGAAAGACUGUGGUGAGCAAAAGAAAUGCCACGGGUGUGGAUCAUCAGCACAUCUGUGGAGGGACUGCACGGCUCGCCACAAGUCGUAUGCAGCGGCUGCAGGGGGGGGAGCAGGUGCAGGAGAGGGGGAUGGGGGAUGAAGUGGAGAGGGAGUUCCAGACCCGAGCCAAGGGCCAGAGGGAAGUCCGGCUGCAACAGAGGCGGCGCCGGGAAAAGCAGCGGGAAGAGAGGAGGACGGGCAGAGGACGGCAGGAAUAGGACAGGAAGGAGAGGCGGGAACGGCGACAGAGACAGAGGGGAGAGGAGGUGCCAGAGGCGGAGGAGCAGGAGGAGGUCGGAGAGGUGCCGGCCACAGCCCUGGAAGGAGAGGAGAAGGGGAGAGGGGCGAUGCCGGAGGGGGGGAAUAGGGAGAGCGAGAGAAGGGGAGGAGGAGCUGAGGGAGAUGAGGGAGGAGCUGGGGGUUAGGGGGUUAUGGUUUCCCCGCUGCCGGUUUUGACGAAGAAGAGAGGGAAGAGGAGGGGGAGGUCUGGGGAUAGGGAGAUGGGCGGGGGGAAGAGGGGGAGGCGAAGCGAGUAAUGGGAGAGAAGGGGAAGAAGCUCCCACAGCGCUGACCCCUCCCAAUGCACAACUGCCGGGGGCACCCAAUGGGGGGUGGCAGGGGGGGGCAGAGGACGCUGGAUCCCCGGUGCUCUUUCCAACCGUUUUCUGGGUUGAUGGGAUGGUGGAGGAUGGUGGUGAGCCCAGGGAUCAGGGAACCCGGGAGCCGAACACCAUUCCGGCAUCCUGGGCUGGGGAGAUGGAGGAGAGUGGGGGGACACCUGAAGGGGGGUCGGAGGCACCGCUGGAGGAGAUGGUGCAGGGGAGCAUCAGGUGA